CGGGUCACGUGGCCCCUAGCUAAGCAAGCGAGGAAUCCGAGGAUGCCGACAGGCUACAAUGGCGUUCGAGUUCACAGUGGUGAGAAGUCUCGGAUCCCUUUAGAGCUCAAGCUCUGGUGGUGAAUGCAGAUCAAGCCCUUCAGGGUUCAUUUUUGUAGGGGGAGGAAUAUGAGUUAGAGAUGGUCGUUCAGGCCUUGGCAGUGGGGCGCCCGCUAGGGGCCGCCCCUGGAGCAAUUAGGAGCUUUGUCAGGGCGCUGCAUGCGAGGCCCCUUCCAGUCCCCAGUGCCCGAAGACUCCCAAGUGUUAGACCUGCUUCCCGCGUCUAUGCUUCUUCUCAUUUACGCCCCACCAAGCCCUUUCUCAAGCGCUUACACUUUCGGGAGUCAGCCCCUUUGAACACCCAAAUCAUGAGGCGUUUUGCACUGCGCGCGGGUUCGAACAAGGGUGGGAACACGCCCGUCGAUGAGAAAAGGGCCCCCGACGGCUCGCCCCCGAAGGAGGAAGCGGAUCGGAGACUGCAGCAGGAGGGGGAGGGAUGGUGGAAGACGGAACCGGAAAAGAAAGGGGAAACGGACGCCAUGGUCACAUGGCCCUCGGAAAAGAUUACCGAGGUCUGGAAGGUGUUUUUCAAGCCCAACAUGGGGUACACCGACACGUUCGGGUUUUCGGUGCCGAUGCGUAAAACGGACGACAACCGCUCCCCCGAGGAGCGUGCAGCGGCUAGGGCGCGUGCGGCGGAGGCCGCUGUCAACAUCGACGAUGCGGAGCGCAGGCGGCGCAUGCUCCUGGGGCUGAUUCUCCUGCAAUAUCACCGUGAUUUGCCCGAACAGCCGUAUUCUCCGCUCGGGCGUGAGCGGAGUUAUCGCCACGAUCAUGGUUCAAAACCGCGCGAGCCCGUGGGAGCGUUUGUAUAUUCUGCCCAUCUUCUUCCUGGGCGGCGCCGAGUUCGUGUCCGGUCUGACGGGUCUCUGAUCCAUAGCCUUUGCCAGUGUCUGGGAUGUGGACGGCACUGGCAUGCAAAAGGUGGACGACCCGGCGGUCGAUAUGCGCAUUCGGAAGAAAGUGGUUGGUUUCGUCUCGUUUGGGGCGGUGGCUUCGCUGUUCGUUAUUGGGGCGUUCUGCUUCUACCCGCUCUGAUAGAGGUCUCGUGA